UCUGCAGAAACCCAAAAUUGCAACUCGCAAUCUGCUUUUUGUUCGUUUCCACCGAAAUUAAUCAACAAAACCCCCAGAAAUUUAAAAGCUUUUCCUCCCAUGGCUAUGGCGGCCACACUCGAUGCUCUUCUAAUAACUCUCGAUUUCGAUGAUUCAUCAUCAUCGUCGCCUCUCCACAUCACCAUGCUCUCCUCUUUCACUCUCUUCCUUUUCGUCUCUCUCUCCAUCUUCAUCUUCACCGCCUACACAAUCUUAAAAACCACCGUCAGAAAAUGCGAAAGCCCCGGGAAAACCGAGUGUUUUCCUGCAAAAUCAGCCGAGCAGAGGAAGCCCGAGCCCGAUCCGGAUCCGGCGAAUCUGAGCCGUUCGUUGCUGCUGGAGAUUCUUCCCUCGAAUUCGGCCAAGUGGGAAGCUCUGUUCGGGAAAGGUGAGGAGUUCGAGGAGGAUGGGGGUGAGAAAGGCGGGCCGGGCCAGGAGGGGAAGAGGAGGAAGAAGAAGCGGGGGAAGAAGAAGCGGGCCGGGCCGAAUGAAGAGGAUGACGUGGCGGCGGUGAAGGAGAAAGAAAGUGUGGUUUGCGUUUAUCCUUUUACAAAAUCUUGCAGUGCUACUCAGAGGAAGAUUAAGCAACAGUAUGAUCAGCUUGUUAGGUCUCAUGGAUCGAAUGGAUUGACACUUGCUCAGAUUGGACAAUUCGUCAAUUGCUUGGUCGAGGCAAGAAACGAACUGCAAAACAAGUCCGAGGUCAUCAAACGGAGAUUCACAAUUACUAAGGCAUUACUCUGUAAGGCGGACAGGUCGUCAUUCGAUCGCCUACGCCAACAGAUAUACAAACUAGAAUUAGAACAAAAAAGGUUAGAAGAAGAUGCCUUCGUAUAUAACUGGCUCCAAGACCAACUAAAGCUCUCUCCGGCAUACAAGAAGAUGAUAGAAAUGGGUGCUUGUAUUGAGGCAAAAGCCCAAGCAGGCGAACUUGUGGACACUAUAGAACCUGAGUUUUCAGACAUAUCGUUUGAAGAGUUAUUGGCAAAGGAGAAGAAAGACUCAUUUUGGCAAAGACACGGGAAACUUAGAUCGUGCUCGAGCUGAGAGACUUCUAACUUUUAGGUUAGUUUCGGAAAUCAGAAGUUUACUAAUAAAAGUUUGUACAUCCCAAACCCAAAAUCCCUUCAGAGUUGUCGAAAUUUUACUGUUCAAUUCCCGCCCGCCCUUAUAGAGUUUCAUCGAUUUUCUUAUGAAAUCGUAUGGAUCGAUUGAUCAAUCGUGGAUAGCUAUUACAACAGUUGUUUUGUUUUGAGGGCUAAUCUAUGGUGCUUAGAGGAAACACAUGUUUUGUAUAUCCAAAUUGUGGGUUUUUCUUCU